GAGGGCGGAGAAGCCGUGGAGCGGUCAGUUGGCUGGGACCUGAGCUGAGUAGUUGGGCUUGUAACUUAGGGGCCGCAAGAGUGGAGGACUGGCCAUGUCGUCCUUGAUCAGAAGAGUGAUCAGCACCGCAAAAGCCCCGGGGGCCAUUGGCCCCUACAGUCAAGCUGUGUUAGUCGACAGGACCAUUUACAUUUCAGGACAGAUAGGCAUGGACCCAACAAGUGGACAGGUUGUGCCAGGAGGGGUAACAGAAGAAGCUAAACAGGCUCUUAAAAACAUGGGUGAAAUUCUGAAAGCUGCAGGCUGUGACUUCACUAAUGUGGUAAAAACAACUGUUUUGUUGGCUGACAUAAAUGACUUCAAUACUGUCAAUGAAAUCUACAAACAGUAUUUCAAGAGUAAUUUUCCUGCUAGAGCUGCUUACCAGGUUGCUGCUUUACCCAAAGGAGCCAGAAUUGAAAUUGAAGCAGUAGCCAUCCAAGGACCUCUCACAACAGCAUGACUAUAAGUGGGCCUAGUGUGUUGUCUGGAAUUUUUAACAUGUCAGUUGUUACAAUUCAUGUAACAUCUUAAUUAACAUCUUAAUUUUUACGAUUGAGAAAAGUAUAAGCUUGACUAAAAUAUCUGAAGUGAUUAUGGAAAUACCAUAUAACAGGGGUAGUUGAAUAUGAAUUGAAGAUUAGAUAAUGAAUCUAGUUAUUGAUGUAAAUUACAUUUACAUACUCCCAUAUUACUGAAAGUAGGAAAAAGUUACUCGUUAUGUAGUUACUCAAAUAAGUAAAAGUAAAGUGAAGUAACAGGAAUAAUGAGAUAUGUCCCUGAGAAAUAACCAGAAGCAUACCGAAUCAAACUAAUGAUGUGAAAUAGUUCUCAUGUCAGAUUUGUGAUUUACUUGAAUAAAAUUAAAGUAUUUAAAUUUGAAUGGUAGAGGCCUAGGAGAAAAAAGUGGACCAAAAUUUUAUAUAGAUAAUAUUUUUCUAAUGAAAUAAAAUAGACAUGCAGAUUUC